AUGGGGGCAGAAGUUAUGGAAAUCUGCAUUGAUAAGGAGCAUGAUUUUUCCAUAUCUUAUUUGAAUGGGGCUUCCUGGAGCACUGACUCAAUGGAGUAUGAAGUGAAGGAAUGCACAACUGAAGUUGUUGUUGAGACUACUGAGUUUUCCCUUGUUGGACAAAGUAAACAACACCAGUCUGCAUUAAACUCAUCAUCUGAGGACGAUUUACAUGAGAAAGGCAAACUAGGAACCAAGUCAUUAGAGGAUAGGAACAUGUCUCAUAGUUCACCUAAGAAACAUGCAACCAAACAUGGAGUUGCUCGAACAAAACAUAACAUUCCUCAACCAUUUGCCCUAGCAACUGAAAAGCGUGCCUCAUCUGGAAUUCGUCCUUCUGCAAAGGCUGGUCCAAAUAAAAAAUCUAAAGGAAACAAUGUGUUGCAUCCCAAUACGUUGAAACAGAAUCAGCCUCUUUCAGGGGCUAGGAGGCCACUCCAACCGAAGAACAAGAAGAAUCCUGGAGAAGAAGAUUUGUGUUCUGUCGCUAGCUUUACCGGAGCUUCUUUGCAGACAAUGAAGACAAAGUCAAUUAUUGCUUCAGCUCCAACAUUCAGAUCUAGCCAACGUGCUGAGAAACAGAAGGAGUUUUACUCAAAAUCAGAGGAGAAACAGCAAGCUAUGGAAGCUGAGAAGACCCAAAACGAAGCAAGGACAAAGAUGGAGGCAACUAUUCAGCAAUUACGAAAGAGUUUAACAUUCAAAGCAAACCCAAUGCCAAGUUUCUACCAUGAAGAUCCACCCCCAAAGACUGAGCUUAAAAGUGUAUAUUGUAGCAAGACCACAGUAGCAUCGAAUCAGGGAAAUCCUCAGGAAGAAGCUAUCGAAGUUGUUCCUUUCCUCGAUGCAAAUGGACACAACCACACAGGAAUCGGGAUUGAAUGUUAA